CAAAGUUAACCCCCCCGAAGCCCAACAGCACAUUGAGCACCAGGGCUCGGGCACAGUGCUCUGGAUGGCAGUGUGUUUGCAGUGAAGCACCCACAACCCCCCCCCCUUGUAAAACACUCCCAGCACACAGUUAACCCUUUGAUCACCCCUCAUGUUAACCCCUUCCUGCCCAGUGUCAUCAGUACAGUGUCAGUGCUUUUUUUUUAGCACUGAUCACUGUAUUCGUGUCACUGGGGAUGUCAGUGACACCAAGUCAGUUCCCCCCAGUGUCAGAAUGCCUGCUGCAGUCCCGCUAUAAGUCGCUGA